AUGACCCGAUCCAGCCUGAUGACCCGGUGUCCGUGAUCCAGCCUGGUGCCUCGGUGCCCGUGGUCCGGCCUGGUACCUCGGUGCCCGUGGUCCGGCCUGGUGCCUCGGUGCCCGUGGUCUGGCCUGGUGCCUCGGUGCCCGUGGUCCGGCCUAUUGACUCGGUGCCUGCUGUCGAGCUUGAUGGCUCGGUGCCCACUGUCAUGCCAGAUGACUCGGUGCCCACUGUCAUGCCAGAUGACUCGGUGCCCACUGUCCUGCCAGAUGACUCGGUGCCCGCUGUUGUGCCAGAUGACUCGGUGCCCGCUGUUGUGCCAGAUGACUCGGUGCCUGCUGUCGAGCUUGGUGACCCGAUGCCCGCUGUUGUGCCAGAUGACUCGGUGCCCGCUGUCGUGCCUCUGCCUGCUGCCCAGCCUGACGUGCCUCUGCCUGCUGCCCAGCCUGACGUGCCUCUGCCUGCUGCCCAGCCUGACGUGCCACUGCCUGCUGCCCAGCCUGCCGUGCCACUGCCUGCUGCCCAGCCUGACGUGCCUCUGCCUGCUGCCCAGCCUGACAUACCGGCUCCUGAUGCCCAUCUUGCUUCUGGAAAUCCUGUGUCCAGCAAUCUGCCUUCCUGCGGUCUCCUGUAAAAAUAUAGGGGCUAUCAGCAGGAGACACAGCCAAUCGCUUGAUUUGGGCAGUGGGAUGUCCAGCCAGUUGCCGGACCCAGGCGGUGGAACAUUUGGGCCAUUA